CUCUUAGCCCACAAACAAGCCCAUGAUAAACCUUAAAAAGCCCAAAAGAGAAAAAUUUAAGGGAGCCGAAAACGAAAGAGAAAUCCAAAUUGUUUUAGAUAGACAAGAGAUGAAUGAUGAUCAUCUCUUUCCCAAAUUCUUCUAUUUCUAAUUUUAUUAAUUAAUUUAUUAGUUACCACAUAAAAAGUAAAAGAAAAAAGUAAAGUUUCCCAUAAAUAUAAAUUGUUCUUAGCACAAGAAAAGAAGAGAGUUUGAGAGUACCACGUAAAAAAGACAGAGAAACUGCAAAAACAAAAAGAAGAUACUGAAAGAUUGAAGAAAUAUGAGAUGGUUUUUGUUAUUCUGGGUAUUUUUUCUGCAUAUUCAUCUCUUGCUAGUCACUUCAAAGUGCUCAAAUUUAGACAUGCAAGUACACAAUAGUGUCAAGGAUAGAGAGGCAUUGUCAAGAUUGCAAAUAACAGCAAUCAGUAAGAGAGGUGGAGGCGUUGGUGGUCAUGGUGGUGGUGGUCACGGUGGCAGUGGUGGUCAUGGUGGCGGAGGUGGUCAUAGCAUUGGUGGUGGUCAUAAUGGUGGCUAUAGUCAUGGUUAUGGUGGCGGAAGAAGCGGUGGUGGUGAAUCGAGUAGCGGUGGAAGAGGAGGACGUCGACCAUAUUAUGGAGCUGCAACCGGAGCAGGAGCAGCAGCUGCAGCUGCAAGGAGAUCCCAUGGCCACCAAAGGCAGAAAGGAUCAACUUGUCCAACUGCACAUGUUGGGUUAACUCUAAUUUUAUUUUUGUUAGGUGUAAAAAUCUAUUUCAUUGAAUUUUAAGCUUUUUAUUAGCUUAUUAUUUAGGUUAAUUGUAGUUCAACUAGUUUAAGAGUUGCAAAACUAUACCACAACCCCAAUAGAAAAGAACUCAUAAUGCAUUACUAAUUAUGUAAUAUAAAGAAUAUUUCAACGAAAUUGAUAUUUUUUUUCUA